ACAAGGAUCACAUAAUAUACACACUAAUAUUCCAAGCCUUUUAUUAAAAAAAAAAAACUCAUAAGCAUCCAAACCCAUCUCCACUUCCCAUUCUCCAAAACCCACCUCCACCUCCAUCCCCAUUGCGAAAACCCUCUCCCCCGUCGCCGCCACUGUCACCGUCCUUAUCCCGCUGCUGCGAAGAACGCUGUGCUCGGCGCCCCACCACCCUCCUCCCAGAUCCCUUCCAUCUUGAUCCACCCGUUCGUCACCGGAUCGUAGCACUCCACCGUCGCAUAGAACCUCCCCUGCCAUCGCCGAUCACUGCCGAUCUCACCACCACGGUCUGACUGCAUUUACUAUGUGGUCCUGUUGGAUGAUCAAUCAACAUUGAUCUUACAAGGCUCAAGCUCUUCAACAGGUGUAGUUUUCACCUGUGCAUCAGGUCCAUAAGAUUCUGAACUUGAUCAAGGAUGAAUUUGUGAAUUUGUGAAACAAAUCAGGGACCCCUUUGAAGAGAAAUUAUUAUUAAGAAAGGUCAAUUGUGUUGCCGGCAUGGAUAAAGCAUGGAUGUCUAAGUCAAGGCUGAGUGUUGAAUAUGAACAAGGAGUUAGGGAAUUCUUGGAAUUUGCAUUUUCCAAUACAGUAUCAAAUCAAAUAUUGUGUCCAUGCCGAAUAUGUGUCAAUAGUGUUCUUUUGACCAAGGAUGAGGUGUACGAACAUCUUAUUAUUAAUGGUAUCCUGAAGUUAUACAAAAAUUUGUAUGAACAUGGUGAACAACCAUCAUCUUCUUCAAAUCCAAAUAUUGCACAUCAUGAUGAUUUGUCAAGCCAUGUCAACGUGCAUGAAAUGUUGCAAGAUACGUUUGGUAUAUCAAAUGUUGACAUGGGAGAUGAAACAUCUCCUAUUUCAUCUCUAGGAGGGCCGAAUAAUGAAGCUAGUCAAUUUUUUAAACUUCUUGAAGAUGCAAACAAAGAGUUGUACCCAGGAUGUUCUAAAUUCACAAAACUCACAUUUAUUGUCCGGCUUUAUCAUAUAAAGUGCUUAUCGGGAUGGAGUAAUAAAUCUUUAGAUUUGUUGCUGGCACUUUUGAAGGAAGCAUUCCCAGAGGGAGAGACAUUACCAGAAUCCUUUUAUGAAUUGAAAAAGGUUGUUAAAGACUUGGGUCUUGAUUACAAAAAGAUAGAUGCAUGCCCUAAUGACUGUAUGCUAUAUUGGAAAGAAGCUGCACAUGAUGAGAUUUGUAAGAUAUGUGGAGUUUCUAGGUGGAAGCAAAUGCAAAAAAAUUUGGGAGCUACGACAUCCUCAGAGGUGAAAGAAAAAAAAAUUCCUGUAAAAGUGUUGCGGCAUUUUCCUCUAGUCCCUAGAUUACAGAGAUUGUUCAUGUCAUCAAAAACAGCCUCACUAAUGGUAUGGCAUGAUCAAGAUCGAGUGAAAGAUGGGUUUUUAAGGCAUCCUGCAAAUUCAGUAGCAUGGAAAGAUUUUGAUGCUAAGCACAUGUCAUUUUCUUCAGAGCGCCGAAAUGUAAGGCUUGGUUUAGCAACAGAUGGCUUUAAUCCUUUUGGAACCAUGAGUGUCUCUCAUAGUACAUGGCCUAUCAUAUUGACCGUAUACAAUUUACCUCCGUGGAUGUGUAUGAAGCAACCAAACCUUAUAUUAUCAUUAUUAAUACCUGGUCCACGUGGACCAGGGAAUGACAUUGAUGUGUAUUUACAGCCUUUGAUAGAUGAGUUGAAGAAUUUAUGGGAAUUUGGUGUUGGUACUUAUGAUGCACACACUAAUCAGUCAUUUGAAAUGAAAGCAGCCUUGUUGUGGACCCUCAGUGAUUUCCCAGGUUAUGCUAUGUUAUCAGGAUGGAGCACUAAAGGGCGUUUUGCUUGUCCUUAUUGUAAUAAGGACACAUGUUCGCAGUAUUUAAAAAAUAGUAGAAAAUUUUGCUAUAUGGGUCAUCGUCAGUUUCUUGAUUCUAAUCAUGAGUUCAGAUCUGAUAGAAAGUUUUUCAAUGGAAUAGAAGAGUUCAAGGUCAUGCCAAAUCCUCCGUCUGCUACUCAAAUUUUAAAACAAUUGGAAGGUUUUCAAAGUGAAUUUGGGAAAGGAAACUCUAACAUGGUUUCAAAACGGAGGAGACAAGAACCAAAAGAUUCUAAAAAUUACUACAAUUGGAAGAAAAAAAGUAUAUUCUUUGAUCUACCAUAUUGAGAGCAUAAUUUAAUACGGCAUAAUUUGGAUGUGAUGCAUAUUGAAAAAAAUGUAUGUGAUAAUUUGCUUGGAACAUUACUUAAUGUAGUGGGAAAAAGCAAAGAUACACUGAAUGCUCGUUUAGACUUGUGUGAGAUGAAUAUACGAGCUAAUCUUCAUCCAGUUGGGGUUGGAAAUAAAAUGUAUAUUCCUCCUGCAUGCUACAAUAUGAAUAAGCAAGAAAGGGAGAAAUUCUGUACUCUAUUGAAAAAUGUGAGAGUUCUAGAUGGAUAUUCUUCAAACAUUUCUCGUUGUGUAAAUCUGAAAGAUCAGAAGAUAGUAGGUCUGAAAAGUCAUGAUUGUCAUGUGGUAAUGCAGCAAUUGCUACCCAUAGCAAUACGAGGAACAUUAUCAAAGCCAGUUAUAACAACUCUUGUUGAAUUAUGUUCAUUUUUUAGAGAGUUGUGUACAAAGAAAGGUCCAUAAGGGAACUUGAAAAUUGCAGAUGUCAGUUGUACGAACUCUUUGCAAUCUAGAAAGAAUUUUUCCACCAUCAUUCUUUGAUGUGAUGAUACACCUAGUUGUCCACUUAGCUAGUGAGGCAAAACUUGCUGGACCAGUGCAAUAUCGUUGGAUGUAUCCCAUUGAGAGAUAUCUUCUCACAUUAAAAUCAUAUGUUCGCAAUCGGAGUAGACCAGAAGGUUCAAUUGCUGAAGGCUACAUAGCAGAGGAAUGUAUUACUUUUUGUUCAAGAUAUUUUGAAGGGAUUAAUAUAAGGUUUUGUAAGCUACCUCGCAAUGAUAAUUUUGGAGACCCAGUCAAUGGUCACUCUAUUGGAAAAUCUACAACAUUUACACUUGAUCUUAUUGAGUGGAAACAAGCACAUCGUUACAUGUUAUUCAAUUCUGAAUCCCUUGAUUGUUAUAUUCGGGAACAUAAAGCAGAAAUAAACAGACAGAAUCGCCGGAUUAGUGCUUAUGAGCUUGACAAGACACAUUACCAGAAAUUUGAUGAGUGGGUAUUUCACAAAAUUCAGAAUGUGCAAAAUGCUUCCUUGCCUAUUGAAGUUGCAUAUUUAGCCAAAGGUCCGGAUGUAGUAGCUAGAAGUUAUAAUGCUUACACUGUCAAUGGCUUCAGAUUCCAUGUGAAAUCUCGGGCACGUAAUAGGAAAACACAGAAUAGUGGAGUGGUUGUUGUUGCUUCAACUAUGAGUUUUGCAAGUGAGGAUGAGCUUUCUAGAUCUGUUGCUUCAUGCAAAGUUGAAGCAAAUGUUGUUCAGACAUGGAUCAAUUUCUUAGAUGAUACAUGGAAUCUCCAAUCCUCAAAUUUAGAACUGAAGAAGAAGCAGAUCGAUGAUGAGCUAGAGAGGAAUGAAAGCCAUUUCCUGAAUCUGACUAAACAACACCUUGCUGCAUACAAGGAAGACUUGGGACCUUCUAUCAGCCGCAUUAGGACAUUUGUGGAUAAUCUAAUGACAUUGAAUGAGAGGAGGUCAGAAAAGAUGCAGCCAGCUGUAGGCAUUGAGGUAGAAACAAAUCCACAGAAAUUCCUUGAGGAAGAAUAUUUGGAAACUGAGACCAAGGGAUGGCAUAAUGUCAACUCCUGCUGUUUUUGCUGUAAUCCGUAAACGGAAGGCUAAUGGUGGCUUCAUUAUGAGUGUAAGUCAUAAUCCUGGUGGGCCAGAAUAUGAUUGGGGUAUUAAGUUUAAUUACAGCAGCGGACAACCUGCACCUGAGUCGAUCACAGACAAAAUUUUUGGAAACACACUUACUUUCUGUGUGGCAAUGGACCAUCUUCAUGUGGAACAUCAAAUGGGAAAGCAGAGGAGGAGAAAAGAAUGUCUCGAACAGAGAGGUUUGGGCUCGCUGCCUAAACAGUGCCCCAGGAAGAAGCAAAGAAGAAGGCUCGGCUGGACAAAUUUGCACCAAACAAGAAGCCAGAUACUUUAGAAGAAGAGAAAAGAAAGGCAAGAGCAGUAAAGUUCUCACAAACAUCAACUGCCUCAUCAACAACCAAUGGACAAGCAAAUCCUGAGAUGGUUAGGUUAUCUCUAUCAUCAUGAUUCAUGAGGCAGCAUUGGAGAACAAUAAUGUAUUGUUUGUUUUAGCCUUUUGACUUGUCUAAUUUUCUAUUACUAUAAAAACUGCAGAUAACUGUAGAUCAGAUCAAAGGAGGAACUUCAAUGAAGAUUCAUUCUAAUGCAUCUUCAGGUCAUUCAUUUGUUUAGGGAGGAAUUUGUAGUGGUCCAUUUAAUGUUGGUUUUUGGUAGGACCUCAAGGCUGUGGUGUUACUAUUUAAAUGCUUUGGAGAGGCUAUCUGUUGCACUGUUUGAGAAUUGGCAUUGAUACUACUAUUUUUAUGGUGUGAAAUUAAUAAAUUAAAUAUUAAUGUUGUC